AUGUUCUCCCGCUCCACCGUCGCCGCGCUGGUCGCGCUUCUCGCUUCUACCGCCGCUGGCGGCUAUGUACUCCCGUCCUCAGGCACGGCCUCGACCACGCAGUUCCUAAUCGGUCCCGAGUUGUCUGGCGGUACGGCUUGCGGCGUCCAGAAGCUCUCAAAUGGAGCCACCUCGCUUCCAAAGGGCGCCAUUGGUUCAGGUGGUGGACCUGGCUACCUCUAUGUGAGUCGCGCCGCGAACCUCUGGCCCGUAAUCUCGAUCACAGAGCGGAUCGCUAACGACUACGCCAAAUCUAGGCCGCAAUCAACCAACUCGCUUUUGGCGCGAACCCCUCCGUAUCCUCCUCCGGCGGGCCCGGUGGUGCAUGCGGUAUCUGCUACAGCAUCACCCCAGUCUCUUCCAGCGGCACGGCUUUGACAGCCAACACGCUCACCUUCAUGAUCGCCGACGAAUGCCCGGCCUCUGUCGCGCUCUCCGGCGGUAAACACUGCAACACCUGCACCACCUCUGAGAAGAACGACCUGGGCCAGACGUGGCAUUUCGAUAUCGCGGUCGAUGCCAUGAGUGAUGCGCAGUACAAGACCUUUUUCAACGGGGUUACUGAUGGAACGUAAGUCUUGCGUUCGCCACAUCUUGCCACGCAUAAUCUUCCGCCAUUUUGCGUGGACAGCUGAUGGGUCUUGUGCGCUGACACUCCUGACAGUAACUGGAAAGAAGUCCAAUUCACCAAGACUUCGUGCGGCUCCGCCAAUCCGAAGCCAAGCGUUGCCAGCUAUGGCUGUAUCUCUGGCAGCUGUCCGAACCAAGCCGGCUCCGUAUGCGAGAACACCGGCUUCAGCAAGCGUACUUUCGCACGUCAGUUCACUGGGCUCUAA